AAAUUAGCUGCAAGCCCGGAAAGAUGGCAUCAAGAAGGCUCCAAAGGAGAGUGUCAUUCAGCAAGAAGAAGAAGAAGCUUCACAUUCUGCAAUCUCUUACAAACUCUAAAUCAGUGGGGAGCAGCUCUAUUAUCAUGGAUGCUUUUAUGUACAUCCACAGGUUGAAGAUCCAGCUAGAAGAACUCACAAGAGAAUAUUUCCACCUCUUGAACAUUAUCCAAGAAGUGAAAGUGGAUAAGGUGCAUGGGAGGAGAUUUAUGGUGACAGUGAGGUGCAAGAAAGUUGAAGAUUUACUGGUGUCAAUCUUGGAGGCCUUUGAAGAGAUGGAUAUUAGUGUUGUUGAAGCUAGGGUUUCCUGCAACUAUUUCUUUGCCAUGGAAGCCAUUGUUGAGGCUGAGGAAGGUCAGCAAGGAUUGAUUGCAGAGGCUGUAACUCAAGUAAUUCAAAAGGCAAUUCAGAGGCAAAGUGAAAUAGGGACAUGUCAACUUCAAAACUACUUUGCUGUUCCUAAAGCUAGUUGAAACUAAAAUCUAAAAAGUAGUAAUAAGAUACUAAAGUUUUUUUAUUUUAGGGUUAUUUUCAUAUUUUUAAUCUAUUCCCUGCUUGUCAAUUCCUUUAUGGAGGAAAGUUUUUCAUGUGUCCAAAUCAUAUUUGUCUU